AUGAAAAAAGCGUGGGGCAACCCCACAGCCCUCCCACACUGGACCCUGACGUCAUGUCCCUGUGGCUGGCCGGAAAUCAACUGCUCCCGCGACGGCUCCGUCACCGGAAUCAACAUCAACAACUACAACAUCUCCGGUAACGUGUCCGACUCCAUCGGCGUCCUCCACCACCUAACCCAUCUCGAUUUGGGUUUCAAUUAUCUCGAGGGAAAUUUCCCGGCCACCAUACUCAACUGCUCGAAGCUCGAGUAUUUGGACCUCUCACUAAACAACUUUUCCGGCAACAUUCCGCCGAAAAUUGGGAGCCUGUCGGAGCUCCGUCUUCUGUACCUUUGCGAGAAUUACUUCGAUGGCAGCUAUCCGGAGGAGAUCUCCAACCUGUCGAAAUUGGAGGACAUUUGUUUGUCGUACAACAAUUUCACGCCGGCGCCCAUACCUUGGGCGUUCGGAAAACUGACGAAAAUGAGGCAGAAUAACGUCAACGGAAAGAUUCCUGAGAGCUUCGGGAAUUUGUCGAGCCUCACCUUUUUGGACUUGGCUAUGAACAAUAUCGAAGGUACCCUUUUCUCGUUGAGAAAUUUGAUAACGGUUUAUUUGUUUAGGAACCAGCUUUGGGGUCCGAUUCCUCAAGUAAUCAAGUCUUUUGAUUUGGUGAGUCUCGACUUAUCCGAGAACUACUUGAGUGGUCUGAUCCCGGACGAUGUCAGGAGACUCGAAAAGUUGGAGGUUUUGCAUCUUUCUAUUAACAAUCUAUCGGGUGAAAUGCCACCUAGCGUAGGCCGACUUCCCAACCUUAAAUAUUUUCGUACUUUCACGAAUAAUCUAAAUGGAACUCUUCCCGUUGAAAUGGGAAAGCACUCGAAGCUCUUAGAAGUCGAUGUUUGUGAGAAUAGUUUCACCGGAGAACUGCCGAAUAAUUUGUGCGGUGGUGGUGCUUUGAUCCGUGUGUUUGCUUUUCAAAACAAAUUGAAAUCACUACAACAAUGCCAAACUCUCGUCCUCAUGGAGCUGUACAAUAAUAGCUUCACGGGCGAGCUCCCGAGUAUAAUGGGGCCGAGUUUAACUCAUUUUGAGGCAAGUGACAACGAGUUUAGUGGUGAAAUCUCGACUAAUGUUUCGUUGUGGACGAGUUUGGUUGUGUUCGAGGCAGGCAACAACAAGCUGUCAGGGACCAUCCCGGCAGAACUGGCGAGCCUGCAAAUGCUUACGGCUUUGAAUCUUUCCUCGAAUAAUUUAUCGGGUUCGAUUUCGCCUGCGUUUGGUUCUUUAAACGCCCUUCACAGUUUGGAUUUGUCGACUAACCAACUUUCCGGUGAGAUCCCAGCUCAGUUAGGAAACUUAAACUUGACUUUCCUAAACCUUUCUUCGAAUCAUCUCACCGGAAAAGUUCCUGACAAGUUGGAUAUUGCGGAGUUUAACGGAAGUUUUCUAAACAAUCCGGGUCUUUGUGCCACAGUCAAAAUCUCCGACCUUCCCAUUGGGCCGAACCUCCAGAAUACAAGAAUCACGUGCACAAACGAAAAUUAUUAA